AUGUGGGACAAUGCAACGGGCAAUAUUCAGGGAUGUGGACUAACCACGGCUAACCUGACCACGGCUAACCUGACCACGGCUAACCUGACCACGGCUAACCUGACCACGGCUAACCUGACCACGGCUAAUCUGACCACGGCUAACCUGACCACGGCUAACCUGACCACGGCUAAUCUGACCACGGCUAAUCUGACCACGGCUAACCUGACCACGGCUAACCUGACCACGGCUAAUCUGACCACGGCUAACCUGACCACGGCUAACCUGACCACGGCUAAUCUGACCACGGCUAACCUGACCACGGCUAACCUGACCACGGCUAAUCUGACCACGGCUAAUCUGACCACGGCUAACCUGACCACGGCUAACCUGACCACGGCUAAUCUGACCACGGCUAACCUGACCACGGCUAACCUGACCACGGCUAAUCUGACCACGGCUAACCUGACCACGGCUAAUCUGACCACGGCUAACCUGACCACGGCUAAUCUGACCACGGCUAACCUGACCACGGCUAAUCUGACCACGGCUAAUCUGACCACGGCUAACCUGACCACGGCUAACCUGACCACGGCUAAUCUGACCACGGCUAAUCUGACCACGGCUAACCUGACCACGGCUAACCUGACCACGGCUAACCUAACCACGGAUAACCUAACCACACCUAACCAGGGAUAA